AUGAUCAUCACCGUGAAGAUUACUGGUCUCCACCCAGACACGCAAAUGGAAGACAUCAUUCAAUUUUUAAAACAAGCAGAAGACGACCUUCAAGUACUCCGUUUAGAUGUUUCUGGUCUAAAGUCGAGUAGAGACAGCUUUCCAGAUCAUACGGUCAGUACUUGCCCAAAGGGAUUUUGCCUUGCUACUGUUCAAGGGACCCAGUCCGCUGUUUCUAGGCUUUCUGGAUGCAUGCUGCAUAACACUCCGGUUGCAGUGACUGUCUUGAGCGUGACUUCUCGCAUGCCAGACUCUGAAUGCGAUUCAGACCCUUUCUCAAACUUGAAGGGGUGUGCACAGGCAAAGGAAAGGACACACAAUGACCGUUUACGUACAGAUGCCGAGAAGAUUAAGGCCUUCUUCAGCAAGACAAACCAAGCAUCAUGCAAGUUCUUUCAAGACAUGUCGCACAAGAUGAAGCCUGCAAUGGAGAAAAUCGGGGAUGCAUUCAAGAACAUGGGGAAGCGGAAGUGA